AUGGUAGACAUACCCUCCGACAUCAGUUCGGCGGGAUCCGUUUCCAAAAAGCACCCAUCUCAGGUCCAUGUGGAUUCUACCCCCGACCUCACCUCUGAAAAGCCCUUCGAUCACAAUGGCAACGUUCUCGAGACCCGAAAGGCGUCGAGGACAGAGAAGGAUGAUGAUGACGAAGAAGAAGAUGAGGAUGUCGACGCGCUUAUUGAAGAGCUGGAGUCCCUAGACCCUGACGCCGAGCUGGAAGCCGAGAUUGAGACUGUGGUAGGCACGAGGAACGUGCCAGAAGAAAUGCUUCAGACAGACCCACGCGUGGGCCUGAUAGAGCCGGAGGUGGUGGCGAGACGCAAGAAGUACGGACUUAACCAAAUGAAGGAGGAAAAGGAGAACCUGCUAUUGAAGUUCUUGGGUUACUUCGUCGGUCCGAUUCAAUUCGUCAUGGAGGCCGCUGCCAUCCUUGCCGCCGGUCUAGAAGACUGGGUUGACUUUGGAGUCAUCUGUGCCCUCCUUCUCCUCAACGCCUCGGUCGGAUUCAUUCAGGAGUUCCAAGCCGGGUCAAUCGUAGAGGAGUUGAAGAAGACUCUUGCUCUGAAGGCUGUUGUCCUCCGCGAAGGUCGCUUAAUCGAAAUCGAGUCCCCAAUGGUAGUGCCCGGGGACAUCCUGCAGCUCGAAGAAGGCACCAUCAUACCCGCCGAUGGCCGCAUUGUGACCGAGGACGCCUAUCUACAAGUCGAUCAAUCUUCCAUCACGGGCGAGUCUCUUGCUAUUGACAAGACUCUAGGGGACACUUGCUAUGCUUCGUCGGCAGUCAAGCGAGGUUCCUGCUUCAUGGUUGUUACGGCGACUGGAGACAAUACUUUUGUUGGUCGAGCGGCUGCGUUGGUCAAUGAAGCAUCUGGCGGCUCUGGUCAUUUUACUGAGGUUCUCAAUGGAAUUGGCACUGUUCUCCUCGCCCUCGUUGUCUUUACGCUCCUGGUGGUCUGGAUUUCAUCGUUUUAUCGGUCCAAUAGUAUCGUCACAAUUCUUCGGUUUACUCUGGCAAUCACAAUUAUCGGCGUGCCUGUUGGUCUCCCGGCCGUCGUCACCACCACUAUGGCUGUUGGCGCGGCUUACCUUGCGAAGAAGAAGGCCAUAGUUCAAAAACUUUCCGCCAUUGAGUCGCUGGCGGGCGUGGAGAUUCUCUGCACAGACAAAACAGGCACAUUGACAAAGAACAAACUCUCCCUGCACGAACCGUACACCGUUCAAGGUGUGGAUCCCGAAGACCUUAUGCUUACUGCAUGCCUUGCUGCCUCAAGGAAGAAAAAGGGCAUGGAUGCCAUCGAUAAAGCCUUUCUCAAAGCACUCCGGUAUUAUCCGCGAGCAAAGCAGGCUUUGUCCAAGUACAAGAUGGUCCAAUUCUCCCCAUUCGACCCGGUCUCGAAAAAGGUCAGUGCCGUUGUCGAAUCGCCUCAGGGGGAACGCAUAAUCUGCGUCAAGGGUGCCCCCCUCUUCGUCCUUCGGACCGUCCAGGAUGAUAACCAAAUUCCUGAAGAGAUUGAUAUUGCAUACAAGAACAAGGUUGCAGAGUUCGCUACUAGGGGUUUCCGAUCUCUGGGUGUUGCACGGAAGCGCGGGGACAGCUCGUGGGAGUUGUUAGGAAUCAUGCCCUGUGCCGACCCUCCUCGGUAUGAUACUGCAAAGACAAUCAACGAAGCAAAGUCGUUGGGGCUUUCGAUCAAAAUGUUGACCGGUGACGCUGUUGGGAUUGCCCGAGAGACCUCUCGACAACUUGGACUGGGCACCAAUGUUUUCAAUGCAGAACGACUUGGGCUCGCCGGAGGUGGUACCAUGCCAGGCUCUGAGGUGUAUGACUUCGUCGAAGCUGCCGAUGGGUUUGCCGAGGUCUUCCCGCAGCACAAAUAUAACGUUGUGGAGAUCUUGCAGCAACGAGGAUAUCUCGUGGCCAUGACUGGCGACGGUGUCAAUGAUGCUCCUUCAUUGAAGAAGGCGGACACGGGCAUUGCGGUGGAAGGGGCAUCCGAUGCAGCUCGGUCGGCCGCCGAUAUAGUCUUCCUUGCCCCUGGACUCUCGGCCAUUAUUGACGCGCUCAAGACGUCUCGACAAAUCUUUCAUCGGAUGUAUGCAUACGUUGUCUACCGCAUUGCACUAUCGUUGCACCUGGAGAUCUUCCUCGGCCUGUGGAUCGCUAUCCUCAACCGGUCCCUCAACCUGAAGCUGGUGGUCUUCAUUGCCAUUUUUGCCGACAUUGCGACACUGGCAAUUGCGUAUGACAAUGCGCCGUAUUCGAGAACGCCUGUCAAAUGGAAUCUGCCAAAACUAUGGGGCAUGUCCAUUCUAUUAGGAAUCGUCCUCGCUGCAGGUACCUGGAUAGCGCUCACGACGAUGAUCGUUGGCGGCGAAAAUGGAGGCAUCGUGCAAAACUUUGGCCAUAUUGACGCUGUGCUGUUUCUUCAAAUCUCCCUAUCUGAAAAUUGGUUGAUCUUCAUCACUCGGGCAAACGGGCCUUUCUGGUCCAGCAUUCCCUCAUGGCAACUCACCGGAGCGAUAUUGCUUGUAGACAUUCUCGCCACCUUUUUCUGUCUGUUCGGAUGGUUCGUUGGUGGACACCAGACCAGCAUUGUGGCUGUGGUCAGGAUAUGGUUGUAUUCCUUUGGAGUCUUUUGUGUAAUGGCUGGGGUUUAUUACCUGCUGCAGGACAGCGUGACGUUUGAUGAUAUUGUGCAUGGAAGAAGAUCACGGAGCAACAAGGUGCUGAAGAAAAGGGACAUGGAGGAUUUCCUUGUGUCGUUGAAUCGCGUGUCCACCCAGCAUGAGAAGGUUGCCUGA